CGGCCGUGACCUUGCCGGGGCUGUCGGCCGUGUUAGGCUGUAUCGAUGCGAGUUCCUCUGGCUGCUUCGGCGACGCGUUGGUUUGCUGUUCGUUGCCUGCUCGGCCGUCGUUCUUAUACCGGUACUUCAACUCUUCGCCACCCUGCCCUUCGGCUAUUUAUUCGCCAUUCUGCGAUGUGGGCGACCAGCGGGCGCGGUCACUUCGUCAAGCCGGACAACCUGACGCCAGGCGCCGCCGAAUACGUGGCCAACCACAGCGGUCCGCUUCAUCCCGUGCUCGCGAAAUUAUGCCAGGAGACCCAGCAGCAGCGCUAUCCUGGAAUGAUGAGCGACACGGUGGAGCUUCAACUCUUCGACAUUCUCCUCAAGGUCACUGGAGCCAGGCAUUACCUGGAAAUUGGCGUCUUCACGGGUGUGAGCACACUAGCGGCGGCCCUGGCACUACCACCAGAUGGUCGGGUCACCGGACUGGAGAUUGAAGCGGAAACCGUUAACGUCGGGAAGCCAUUCUGGAAAGAGGCUGGCGUCGACGACAAGAUAGACAUUAUUAUUGGCGACGCAAAGAAGUCUUUAGAUGAUCUGAUCGCCCAGGGCAAAUCAAACUCCUUCGAUUUCAUUUUCAUCGACGCCGACAAGAAGUCCGUAGACGAUUACUACGAGAGGAGUCUGCAGCUCGUCAGGCGCAACGGCAUCAUCGCUGUUGACAAUGUUCUGUGGCACACAAAAGUGUUCAACCCGGCAGUCAACGAUCCUGACACUGAGGCCAUCCGGCGGCUAAACAGCAAGAUGGCGGCCGACGAUCGCGUCCAGAUCAGUUUGGUCACCGUCGGCGAUGGUGUCACCUUCGUGCUUAAGAAGUGAAUGCGCGAAGCCGGGGGACUAGCGCCAAUGCCAACGAUUCCUUACGCAUUACAGGGCCAGCUGUGUGAACGAACAAGUUAUCACCUCUACGAUGUAGCAGCUAUAAUAAGUGUUGUCCGUUACAAUUACACCUGUCGUCCUGGAUUAGUAGCUAUGGCGUUGGGCUGCUAAGCACAAGGUCGUGGAGCCGGUGCCCGGCCACGGCGGCCGCAUUUUGAUGAGGGGUGAAAUGCAAAAAGUGUACUCGAUUCCCUAUAGUGUACUUCCCCGUAGAGUACUUCGAUUUAGGUGUACGUUAAAGAAACUUCAUAGUUCAAAAUUAAUCUGCACUGCCCAACCACAACGUUCCUCGUAAUCGUAUCGUGGUUCUGCCAAGAAAGAAGAGCAGGAAUCAAUUCCUUUACAAGAGCUAUUAUAGCGGGGUUUAUAAAAUAAAUAUCUUUCUGUGUAAAAAGUUAACGACGGCACCGUUUGUUUUUACGGUAUACUGG